AUGGUGAUCGUCAGGCUCCUGAAUGGGCCGCCAACAGGUAAGUCCCUAAUCGGCAUUCCGCGAACAAGGGAUCCAGUCAACGACGAAACCGAGCCUUGGUUUUUUAUCAACGGAAUAGCCACCGGGUAUAUCAUUAUCCAGCCAGCAAAGAACCCUACUGAUCGAUACAGGAAGCACUGGCACCAGUCGAACCUAACCGCCCUGGCAGACACGUUCGGCCGGCAAAUCGUGGGCAUCCACAACCCAACCAAGGGCGUUAUCCUCGAUCUCGUCGAAUGCCUCAUCCAGCGUGAUCUCGACUACAAAACAGCUGACAUCCGACAAGGACGCGCGCAACUUCGCGCCGCGCUCGCCGCAUCCACUACGAAGAAAGUCGUGCUCAUCGUCCAUUCGCAAGGCGGGAUUGUCGCGUCUUCGAUUAUCGACUGGCUAUAUGGCGAGCUGAGCGAAUCCCAGAUACAGAAACUAGAGAUAUAUACCUUCGGCAACGCAGCGAGGCAGUUCCGCAAUCCGCCGCUGCACGAGCCGCAGGACAACGAUCCGGCUGGAACGACACCCCGGAGACAGAUUCAAGGGGAGCGAGCAAUCCGGAAUAUCGAACACUACGCAAACAUCAAGGACUUUGUGGCGAAUAUCGGGGUGUUGCAGUUCACGGCGCCUGCAGGCGCGUAUUCAAAUGCGAGUGUGUUUUCUGGGACUGUCUUUGUCCGAGAGGGGUCUGGCCAUUUAUUUAAUAUGCAUUAUUUGGACCCGAUGUUCGGGGAGGAUAGUGCUUUUAUGGAGAGUACGGUCGAUGUGCGGCCUGGGGAUGGGCCGGGGAAGACUGUCUCCAUGCGAAUCAGGGAAUUGUCUAGGCUCUACAAGUAUAAGAAUGGGGAGAGUCCGGAGGAUCAGGAUGCUACGUGA